AUGACCGGAAAGCCAAAGCGAGCCACAUUCACCAACUACGAAAAGGACUACCUCAAGAAGUACUACGAAAAUGAAGACAAAUACCCGGAUGUUGAAGCUAGACGUGAAAUCGCGAGUCACUUCGACAAGCCGUUGAGGCAGAUAUCUAACUGGUUUAAAAAUGAAAGAGCUGCUACAGGAGAUUCAAAGAAUUGGGUACGACCGUCUUACAAAAAUGGCCGUUUUCGGAAACGAGCAAGGGAAGAUGAGACGUUACUUCACGGGACUACCAGCUCGACUUUACCCGGCCACGAGACUACCGUGAAUGAUACGAUCAACUCAUCCGUCUCAGAAGUGCUUCCAAAACCCAAGAAUCGAAAGAAAGAGCUCAUCGCUAGCUUCAAAGCAGAGAUGUCAUUCGACGGAUUUGAACAAUUGAAGGGAGUGCCAACAUCGACUCCUCGGCCUGAUGUCUCCUUCAAGGAAAUUCUUGGUUCUCUCCCUGCUCUUUCACCGCUCGAUGCGACCUCGCCAACUCAGCCAGAUGAGACUGCAAAUCUUGGAACCAGCGCGCAGGUGGACCAGAUCACCACUAAAGUCGAGAUUUCCGCUCCUGCAACAACCGACCCUUGCCCCGAUGUCGACGUUGAAGCAUUGCCGAUCGGAAAGGAUGAAGCUCCGCUGCCCGUUCUGGAAGCAUCUUUGGUUGCGAAUCAGCUCAAUACCGAACAAAAGUCCAUCCCAGACACUCAAGACAGCGGCGAAGAAGCCCUCUCGUUCAACGACGAUAAAAUCUCGAACGAGUGCGAGGCAAGUGACCCAUCGGAUGAAGCGGACGCCCUGUAUGCACUCCUCGAUGAAAAUAUUCGUCCUUUUCUCAGCUCUCCCCACGAGUCGAUUCACGAGGUGGUCAACUACUUCCCAAUUCCUGGAUUUACGAAUGGAGCCUAUGCCAAGCAGACAACACGAUAUGAAUACUUCUUCCCAGGAUUCCGAGCUCCUAUCACUCCAUUCCCAUUUUCACCACUAUGCUCCAGAGCACUGCCCUAUUAUCCUCAGUUUUAA